UGCUGAUAAAGAGUGCAAAUUUCAAGUGCAGUCACACACAUACUGAAUAAGCUUUGCAAUACAGUUUGAUGCCAAUAGAAUCAGUGUAGGUAUAUAUUUGCAGCUAUUUAAAUAUGGAAGUCGUUCCUGUUUUCGAAAGACGAUUUUUCUCGCCUGCUGCUCAACAUCAAAGUCAGAGUCAACUAGCAUCUGCUGAUUACACAAAAAAAGAAAAUUUAGUAGAAACAGGCGCUUUGCAGCUACCGGGUUGGCAGACAGACCACAGUCGUUUUUACUGCAGCCAGAGUUUACCAAACCACUGCGUACAUCGCUACUCAACGACUACAUCAUCGAAUUCCAAUCUCGAGAUGCUAAGCCACGGAACCCACUCGGGAAGCUCGUGGUAUCCAUACAGUUACAACGCAGAGGCUUACUUAGCGUCAAGAGCAACCGAUGUCCCUUCAUACCAUGGAUUAGACCAGCGACUAUCACCUUCUAAAGCCGGAUUCCCAAUGACAUCAGUAGCUUCCUCCAGUAUGUACCCACAUUCAAACUUGAACAACUCAUUCCACAGAAAUUCCAGGGCCGUAGAUGAUGUCCUUCAAAGUCAGUAUACGUCCCCGUACCGUGUCAACACUGCCUACUCCGACUUACCUUUGGAUGCCAAGAGAGAAUGGGAGCUAAGCUUCAUGAAAGGAAUGCCAUACUCAUUUGGACAUGAAGAGUACAAGUCUCUACCCGCCUACUAUGGUUCACAUCAUUUUGGGUACACUAAUGACAUCAAACCAGAGUCAAGAACAAAGAAAUCUGGAAAUUUUUGCUCAAAUUGCAAGACAACUGAAACAACAUUAUGGAGACGCGAUACUGAGGGCAAGCCAGUCUGCAAUUCAUGCGGCUUGUACUAUAAACUGCAUAAGGUAAACAGACCUCUAGCAAUGAAGAAAAAUGUUAUCCAAAAGAGAAACAGAAAAUCUACAGGCAAGAGCAAACGAUUGAAACAGGACCCAAUAAAGAUAGGCUGCGUAUAAAAUCGUAUAUUGUUACUUCUUAAAGCUUAUUUAUAUCUAUAAUUAGAAACUAGUUUAUUAUCAGAUAGAAAUGUGCAAAGCAAACAGAAUUAUGUAAAUCAAACUAGAAAUGCAAAUUGCGAAUUGACAAAAAUGUCUUGAUUUAAAAACAAUUUCUUGAUAAACAAUUUUUGGCUACUAAAAGACCAAAAGAAGGUUUUGUUUAAUGUUUUAAUGAUAAACAUAAAUUGCAAUAAUCUUUGGUUCAAAUGUACAAAGCACCCUGAAACGUUGUAAAAAGAUACCUUUGGCUAGAUUCUAAGGCUAUUUACAUCCAUGAAUAAGGCUCCAUAAAUCGGUAGAAAUUGGAUGUAAAUGAUAAUAGUAAUUUGGUAAUAGUUGAAAAAUGUAUUCUCCAAAAAUUUCCUUGUAUCAAAAAUUGGCAUGCGAUGAUUAAUAAAUAUUCUGUAUUUAAAGUAAUCGUCAGUGUGAUAAAUUGUUAUUUUUGGUUACUCAGUCUAAAGGAAGAGACUGAGAACUUGCAGAAAAAAUUAUGAAGUAAUAUCGUAUUUUGAAAUGAGAUAGCAAUGAGGCGAACCUUUUUUGGUGUAUAUAGAAGAAAAGUGCAUUUAUUCAGCCUAUCUGUACAAUUGUAAUGGGACACUUUCCCCUUUGCCUGGUCAGACUGGCACAAUCGUCAGAUGGCACACAGAAUAGGCUUUUAAGAAAUUGUACGUGAAAGAGUAGCAGUGAAAUUGACAUAAUUUUACGAGUAAAGCUCGAGAAAAAUACUGCAGUUUCAGUAAAUGUUGAUAUGGUGCGAUUUCUCGUCAGGUUACUAAUGAUAUAAGUCCUUCUUUUUACGUUUAAAUUAAUACUUUCACAAAUUCUCUAUUUUCCAACGUCAAAGGCAAUGAGUGAAGAGUUUCAACACUUUCAUAAGGAAACAUUUCAUUGAUAGUUUUAUGAAGCCCCUGUGAAAAUCGAUUGCGGCAUUAGCGUUGUAAGCGUAUAUUGACCAGUCAAUCCGAACAUGUGACAAAGCAAACUUCAAUAUUCAUUUAAUAUAUUUAACAAUAACAUUUCGUCUUUGUUAUGUUAGAAUAACUGCAAAUGCUUAUUCUUUAAAGUAACUGCCGUGGACAUUGUAAAUGCUUAUGUUUUCAAAACAUUUAUUCAACUA